GUUGAGCCCUCCCGUCUAUGGAGCCAUCCUUUUUCUGCAGCCGUCUUCGUUGCAAGCGAGGAAAUAAAUAACGUCAUGGGGCUCAGGUGUUUAUUUGGCUGUGACAGCACUCGUUCUUUGUUCCGUUUUCCAACUUUAACUUGGUUAAGAGCGAAAUGGCUUGAGUUCACGCACUUUGAGGAAAGCGGUAUUAAUGCAAGCUCACGUCUGUGUCAUCGACAUUUCUCUAAGUAUUGUUUUACCAACUUUGAAAUGGUGGCUGCGGGAUUUGCCAUCAACCUCCAGCUGUCAGACACAGCAGUUCCCACUAUUUACACUGUAGGAGCAUCAUCGUCUCCGUCACGACCAGCGACUAAAGAUGUUGGCUGUCAGUGCGACCCUUCGCGAAGCUUUGGCACUCAAGUCAGACACGCUAUGGUGCUCAGGAGGAGUAAAGCAAUUCAGGUGCAUCCUGUGGCCAAAAGAGAGUCUACCAUGAGAGAUGUCUGUGGCAAAAUCUUAGAUUCAUCAGUAUGUACAUCAGUACCAAUUAAGAGACAGAGACGGAAAGACAUUGGUUGUAGCUCCUUUUCAUCUCCAGCCAGCACAAGUUCCACACAGUCAGAUUCAACCUUCCUGCCAGAUGACACUGGGAACACUACUAUGUUGCGUUCUGACAGAUUGGCAGACAAUGUCCCUAAAUCCUGAUUCUGUUUCAGCACUUGGUCAGUUCUCAAUACAGUCUUGAAAAAUGCUGAAAGUAUGUUCAGUCGAGGACAGGACACAGAGAAGAGAAACUGUCUACACUUCAGCUUGAUUUCACUUUGAGGGCGCACUCACACUAUGCUAUCCGAACCAUGCCCCUUUCCCAGUUCAUUUGACAAGUGUGAGUGCUCCGAAUCCGGUGCAGGCGUGGUUCAGUUGGCCAGCCCUGGCCCGGUUAGAAGAGAUGUGCCAGAGCGCGGUUCGGUUGGGCUUUGGCAUGGUUUGCUUGUAGUGUGAGUUGAAAGUGCGCCUGAAACUGAAGACCUGAUGUCACUUUUAAGGGACUGUUUCAUAUAGAUCUAUUAAUCAUUCUUACUUUUUAAUGAAUGCAAACUGUUGUAGUUUACACUGCACGUCAGCUACACCUUCAGCAAACCCCCUAAUACGUGCAGCACAAGGACUUUUAUGAGUGUCAAAAGUGGUGGAUCUGUUCGGCAAAAUAUUUGACUGUGUGUUACUGCUUCCCAAACGACAAACAAUAUAACUAAAGCAGUCUCCACUGCUGAGUGAGAGCGCUUGUCUUCCUGUUAAACUGAACAGUUGCACCAUCGAUGAUGUAAUGUGCUCGAGCUCAAAAGGUAAAGAUGCAGUGUGAGUGCAGGCCAUCGUGGGAGAGGGGACAACCGUGCCUUUGGCACAGUUCAAGGCAACUGUGGCUAGUGAGAUGAUACCUUGACGGUUAAAAGCAUCACAGCUUCUCACAACUGUACACUACAGUGUCUGCCAGUGCCCUAACCACAAUUCCCAGUGUCCAAUAUUACUUACCAUUACCAAUCUUUGCUGUUGACCCUCACCAUACCAAGUGUCUCCUGGGGCCCAGUGUUCUUUUUUAUGAUGGCCAGUUCUGGUCUACUGUCUUCUAUUGUCUUGCAUCUGGGCCUCCACUCUUGCAGAGGUCUGUUCAAUCUGUAUCAGUGCCAUGUGGCAAAAUAUGAAAAACAGAAUUGAUUAACCAACCCACUCCUCCUCAUGUAAAUCAACCAGAUCAGCCUUAUGCGGUUUAUUAUACUCUUUAAACUAACAGACAUAAACGUGUUUUAGAUAGGAUUUUUUAUACAUGUUUUACUUGUGCAUUUCUUUCUCCAAAAACCUCCUAAUUAUUAUUAUUUUAGUAUGGGCCAGAUUUGAUCUAGAAAAGACAUGCAUAAAAAACAUCUGAAGAAGACUAAUAAACAACAAAAACUGAAUUCUAGUAAACCCUUCUUCAUUUUGAGUGUUGCAUGUGUGCUUUGUGUAAACGCAAGCCUUUGAGUAACCACUGUUGGCUAAUGGCAUAGACGUGUGCGUGUGUGUUCAGCAUAUGUACCUGAGUUCUGUGCGUGGCAGAUGUUGGACACACUCUUCAUUUGAUGCCUCCAGGUUAUGGAAUCUUCAAAAAAUGAUCCUCCUUUGAUUGGUAGUAUUUUAACCAAAGUUCACCAUCUACAAAACCAGUUUUAUCAUAGAAUUCUUUUGCUGGGUUCCAGGACAUGUUGGGCUUUCAAGAAAUGAGUGAACAAAUGUCAAAUUCCUCCUUCAGAAAUGAGACCUUUUAUCAACGUUUACAUUUUAAAUAAGUGGCAAGAGGAGAGGGAUGUAUUGGAAAAUAAUACAUUACAUGAAAUCCGACCUGAAAUCUCAAACAGAAUUUUAAGACUAGAUUUGAUCAGGUGAUUUAUUUUAUUUUACUUUUUACCAGAUGUCUUAUUGGACAUACAAGAUUAACCCAUGCCUUUUUACUUAAAGACAAAGACCCCACUCAAUGUUUGUACUGCACAACUCCCCUUACUGUAAAACACAUUUUACUGGACUGUCCUGCUUUUAAUGACUCCAGAAGACUUUAUGAAAUGAAGUCCCUUAAGGACAUUUUUAACAAAGUGACACCAGGAAAAAUUGUAGAAUUCUUAUGUAUUAAUACUAAAAGUCUUAUUUAACUUGUGUAUUCAUUUGUUUGUUGUUGUUGUUAAUUGUUUAUUAUUGAAAUGUUCUUGCCAUGAAAAUAGCCUUGGUUGCUGACAUGACAAUAAAUAAAAAAUACAUUACACUCUU